CGGCGGCGGCGGACGCGGCCUGAGGGAGCGGCCGGCUGCCGCCUCGCCCGCCGCGGGGUCCAUGGCCUGAGCGGCCAUGUCCGGCGUGGUGCGGACCCUCAGCCGCUGCCUGCUGCCGGCCGAGGCCGGCGGGGCCCGCGAGCGCAGGGCGGGCGGCAGCGGGGCCCGCGACGCGGAGCGCGAGGCGCGGCGGCGCAGCCGGGACAUCGACGCGGGGCUGGCCCGCGAGCGGCGCGCCGUGCGGCGCCUCGUCAAGAUCCUGCUGCUGGGCGCGGGCGAGAGCGGCAAGUCCACCUUUCUCAAGCAGAUGCGCAUCAUCCACGGCCGCGAGUUCGACCAGAAGGCGCUGCUCGAGUUCCGCGACACCAUCUUCGACAACAUCCUCAAGGGCUCCAGGGUUCUGGUUGAUGCGCGAGAGAAGCUUGGCAUUCCUUGGCAGUACUCGGAGAAUGAGAAGCACGGCAUGUUCCUCAUGGCCUUUGAGAGCAAAGCGGGGCUGCCCGUGGAGCCCGCCACCUUUCAGCUCUACGUCCCGGCCCUGAGCGCGCUCUGGAGGGACUCGGGCAUCAGGGAAGCCUUCAGCCGGAGGAGCGAGUUCCAGCUGGGCGAAUCGGUGAAGUAUUUCCUGGAUAACUUGGACCGGAUUGGCCAGCUGAAUUACUUGCCCAGCAAGCAGGACAUCCUGCUGGCGAGGAAGGCCACCAAGGGCAUCGUGGAGCACGACUUCGUGAUCAAAAAGAUCCCCUUCAAGAUGGUGGACGUGGGCGGCCAGCGCUCGCAGCGCCAGAAGUGGUUCCAGUGCUUCGACGGCAUCACGUCCAUCCUGUUCAUGGUGUCCUCCAGCGAGUACGACCAGGUGCUCAUGGAGGACCGGAGCACCAACCGGCUGCUGGAGUCCAUGAACAUCUUCGAGACCAUCGUCAACAACAAGCUCUUCUUCAACGUCUCCAUCAUCCUCUUCCUCAACAAGAUGGACCUCCUGGUGGAGAAGGUCAAGGCCGUCAGCAUCAAGAAGCACUUCCCAGACUUCAAGGGCGACCCCCACCGGCUGGAGGACGUGCAGCGCUACCUGGUGCAGUGCUUCGACCGCAAGAGGCGCAACCGCAGCAAGCCGCUCUUCCACCACUUCACCACCGCCAUCGACACCGAGAACAUCCGCUUCGUCUUCCACGCCGUGAAGGACACCAUCCUGCAGGAGAACCUCAAAGACAUCAUGCUGCAGUGACAGCGGCCGCGCCGCGGGCCCGGGCCCCCCGGGGGCGCGCUCCGUCCCGCCGGCGCGGCCGAGGGAGGCGACGCGGCGGCGGCGUUAGCUACUGAGUCCUGGGGACGAGUGACACUACUGAGAUCCAAGCGGCCACCCUGGCGUGAACGUGCGCUGCCGGAGAACACGGCUUCCCUCUUCCGGGCGCUUCCUUUCCGGACGCAGCUUGGGCGGGGCCCGCGGGCCUGCGCGCGCCCGCGCCGCCCUUGGUGGCAGAGCCGCCAAAGCGCGGGUCUGUGCGGAGGCCGACGCCGUUCCUCUCCAACGCUGCGUCCCCGCGGAGGGGCGUCGCCGGCUGGGGCCGCGCGGGAGGUGCCGGGCGUGCGGGCUGAGCUGGGUCCCAGCGCGGGGCCUCCGCGAGGGAGGGCGCCGCCUUUCCCAUCUCUUGUGCCAGUUUCCCGAGAGGCCCUGGUCCCGGCCGUUCGAUGAAGCGCCGGCUUGAGAGCAGGGGAGCGAGAAUGCGGGUGUAGACCUGCCUUAACGCCCCCACAGCCUGCGUGCGCAGUCUUCCCGCCCCGUCAGAUCCCGGGGUGGGAGGUGUGGACGCAGGUGCACGCCCCCCUCCCUUCUGCCCGGCGGUGCCUGCUUCCUCCGGGCCACCCUCCCGCCCUCGGCCCUGCGGGCACUGCCUCUGUCCCCGUCGCCCAGCACCUGCGCGGCUGCAGGGAGCCUCGCCCUCUCGGGGGCCUCCGGAGCUGGCGGGAUCGCCAGCACAGCCUUCGCUCGGGCCGCGGCUGCUGCCCGGAAAAUCCGGCUUUGUCCACACUGCCACCCCACUGGUGCCUUCCGAUAGCCAGCCCGAGGAUAGCCAGCUCGGAUCCAGUCUGUUGCUUCUGUUACCGCACACGUGACAGGUAAACACUACCGGCCUGGUCUCCUCCGGGUCAGACCCCAGGAGGCUGUGAACGUCGCUGCGAGCUGGUAAACCCUGCUCUCCGGUGCUCUGCCCGGGUGUCUGUCACCGUUUCAAAAACACGCUGCCUUCCAGACUGGCCUCCUCUGGGUGUUCCUCUGCUACAAUCUGUGUGGCCUGUCGAGUGAAAGAGAAAACACUUCCCCUGUAAGUGACACCAGAAUGUUCCUGUGGUUUAAGAACCAUCCCCAGGCCCCGGCCCCAGGCCACGCUGUUCCAUCCUAUAUCCUGGGGCCUGUCCUGCUCGCUUUCAGCCGGCAGAUAAGCAGCGGCCUCAGAGGCUGGCCCGCAGGAAGGGGAGGAAGAGGCCUGCUUCUGAGUCAUCCUGUUAUCACAGCGUUUGAACGAGGGGACAGCAUGAAAUCCUCUCUCGGUGCUCGAGGCUUCCUGUCGACGUUUGCUGGAGUUUCGGCUCUUUUUUUGGCUGGAGAAAAGUUGCUGUUUUUGUCCUGCUUCCUGUGGCUCUUCAUAAACCGAAAGGACGUGCUCCAGGUUCAGGGCCAGUGACCCUGGUUUAAAAGGAAAAGAACGCGCUUGGGCUCCGUCGGGGCAGGGCCCGAGGGCCUGCCCUGGGCCUGCAGCUGCGCUCUCCCCGCCGGCUGGGCCCCGGGGCUCCCGGGGGCCUCGGGGGCCUCCGGCUCCCUCACCAGCUGGGAACCGGCUCCGUGGCUGUGCCCUCGCCAUCCGUGUGACCGGCGGAGGUGUUGGAACGGCUCUCCCACCAGUUGGGCUCAGCCUGGUCAGUGAAGCAGCCUGACACGUGCGCUGGUUCCCUUGCAGACCCAGAAGCACCUCGGGAGGGGAGGCCGAGGCUGUUGAGGGGCCGGGACGCGGGUGGGACGCCUGAGGGACGCCUGAGGGCCUGGGCCCCCACCCCUCCACUGCGAGCCGAGCAGGCAGCUUCGCAAGGCCUGAUUUGUCAUAGAGAAGAAGGUCACUCUUUGCAAGGCUAAACUAAAACCAUUUACAGUUUUUCUGCACGUAGUUUAUAGUCAUUUUUCUGUCCAAAACCUUAGGCUUUUGUAUUUUUUAAUUUCACUGUUACUCCUGAUUAUUGUCUUUUUUAUUGAGAUGUUGGAGAAGCAGGAGAUAGUUGUGCCUCAUCUAUUACUACAAAAACCUAACAAUAAACUUCCUUAAACUAA